AUGGUUGAGCAAAUUGACAAGUUUGCCUAUUGCAACUCCAUGUUCUUUGGCCACGAGAUUGGGGAGAAGCUUGCUGAUGAACUCAUUGGCGGCACAGGCGGUGCCAUGUCGAAAGCGUACAUCAUGUGCUCAGGCUCUGAGGCUAUGGAAUCCGCAAUGAAGAUGGCACGACAGUAUUUUAUGGAAUUGUCUCCUCAGCAGCCAAAGCGGAUCAAUUUCAUUGCCAGAGAAGGAUCAUACCAUGGUACAACUCUUGGUUCGCUGUCAAUGAGCGGGCAUGUCGCGCGGCGGAGUCUCUUCCUCGAUAUGCUGCUUCCGAACAUAUACAGAGUGUCAGCUUGCAACCCGUACCGCGGUAUGAGCGAGGGUCAGACCGAGCAGGAAUACGUCAGUCAAUUGGCCGAUGAGCUGGACCAGAAAUUCCAAGAGCUUGGCCCCGAUUCGACUCUGGGUUGUAUUCCAGCUCUGCCUGGAUAUUUCAGGGCUAUUAGAAAGGUCUGCGACAAGUAUGGCGCCCUACUUAUCUUGGAUGAGGUCAUGUCCGGCAUGGGUCGCUGCGGCUCUCUGCAUGCGUGGCAACAAGAGGGAGUUAUCCCUGAUAUCCAGACACUUGCUAAAGGUCUCGGCGGCGGUUACGCGCCCAUGGCUGGUAUGCUCAUCAAUCACCGUGUGGCUGAUGCUCUCAAGAACGGAAGCGGCUCAUUUUCACACGGACAUACUUAUCAGGGCCAUCCUGUUGGAUGCGCUGCUGCUCUCGAAGUCCAGCGAAUCAUCCGGGAAGAGGAUCUCGUCGCAAACGUUCGAAAACAGGGCGCUCUGCUUGAGAAGCAGUUGCGGUACUACCUAGAUGACCACCCUCAUGUUGGCAACAUCCGAGGCAAAGGCCUCUUUUGGGGGAUCGAGUUUGUCAUGGACAGAAUUACCAAAGAACCCUUCCCAAGAUUUGAGGAUAUUGCGAACAAAACUCAUCUUGUUGGAUUCAACGACUUCAGCAUCAGCUUGUAUCCAGGGAUGGGAACGAAAGAUGGUGUUCUGGGCGAUCACGUCCUUCUUGCGCCUGCAUACACUACCACCAUGAGCAUAUAUCCGAGGUGUGCUGGCGAUGUGACCUUCAACACACUAUCAUCUAACGCGUUUUCCGAAUGGCCGGAGUCCAUCGCUGGCAUAAUAUGCAAGACCCCGCCCGUCGGCCGCAACAGCGCCCCGCACUUUGCGGAAUGCUGCUCCGGCACGGUCUACAACAUCACGAGCCCGACGUCGCCCAACGACCAAGUGUACCCAGUCUCAUGCGCUACUUUUUGUCAAGUCAGUCCGGAGAUGAAUGCCGACAAUCCGGAUAACCCCUACGGGUUCAGCAACCACUUCAUGUGUCUCACCGACGGCACAAGGGAGCCCUCAUCCUGGGAGGUUGUCUGCGCCACGGUGACACCGCCGGGCGUGGCAUGGCCUACGAGUUUUCCCAAUACUCCUGUCCUCUCGUGGAAGACUAGGUCUUGGACGACCGAUAUUUACUCGCGCAUCAGCGAGGUUACGUCUGUCGUUGAAAGCCCGACUACAUCGCCAACCGCGACGGUAACGACAGAUAUCACAACAUCUUCGUCGUCUCAAGAAGCUUCGAUCUCAAUGUCUGACUCAAGCGCGGCAUCCACACCAAUUACUACAGCUUCAUCAACACAUACGAGCGCAGCUGUGGCGACGCCAACAGGUAGCGGUGCCGCUGAAGGCAAGAGAGUGCAUGCGAGUGACCUCACGUUGAGCAUCCUGCUCCUUAUAAGCGCCCUUUGUCGCGCUUAA